CGCGCGCAUCUCAUCGCGCGACCGAUAUCCGCGCGAGCAUCGUCGCGUUACCGGUCUAGGGAGGCGCAAGGUUCGCGUCGAGCCGACGUCGUGCGGGCGAAAGAGAGCCUCGAGGAGCGAAGGCGAAGCGCGGCAGUGCAUAGGUGCACGCAGAGAUCGAGAUGGCUUCUGGGACGAUGCCCGCGGACGAGAUGCCCGUGAUGAGGGAGCCGUACGACAUCAUGAGGAACGGUCUUCCGGGCGCCAAGGCGGCGGUGACGCAUCUGGGCAAGCACCCGGUGCAGCUCAUCCAGGACAACGGUCCCACCGAUACCCUCAGGGCGAAGCAUGCCAUGCUGGCGAACACCUACGGGAUCGCCAUGCCCGCCAAGAUGGACAUCGAGUGCCAGAUCCUCUCCAAGUGCAGACGGCUUCCCGGCCUUCCCUCGUCCAGGCUCGGCCUCGAGAUCAUGACCGGCGACGUGGACAGGUUCGGUUUCGAGUCGUACCUGGACAGGCCCGACGAGCGGCCGGAGGCGCCGAGGGGCGACCUGCACGGCGUCAUGGAGAACAGGCUCGGGCUGAACAAGAAGCCGGGGUACGGACCGGGGUCUAAGCGUUGACGAAAGGCGCCCCGUCUCGCGGUUGGGCCCGUCCGUGUAUCACUAGUCAGGUUUCUCAUCAGUCGCGGGCGGUCGCGUGUGUCUUGGAAUCAAACGCGAGAGAGUCACCCGGUCUC